GAGUGGAUGGCAUUGCCCGACGAGGGGAAGCGCCAGUAUCUCGACGAGGCCGAGAGGGCUAAGGAGGCCUACCAGAGGGAACUGGAGGAGUAUCAGCGCACGGAUGCCUACCAGGAGUUCCAGCAGAAGCUGAGGCAACGCAAAGAGCAGAAGCAGGCGAUGAAAGCGGCCGCCGCUGCCGGUGGACAGGCAUCAGGUGCUGGUAAUACCGGUGCUGGUGGUGGUGGUAGGCAUGCAUUGGCUAAUGAUGAGAACCAGGAGUCGAUGGCGAUGGACACGACGACGCCGGGUGGCACCGGGAGCUCGUCCUCCACACUGGAUCUGCCCAUAUUCACCGAGGAGUUUCUGGACCACAACCGGGUACGGGAACAGGAGUUGCGAUCGUUGCGUAAACUGAAUACUGAAUAUGAGGAGCAAAACGCCAUUCUCUCCAAACAUAUCGACAACAUGAAGAGCGCCAUCGAGAAGCUGGAGGUCGAGGCCGUACAG